GACUCAAAAGACAUAUGAUUUAACCAAUAUACAAUUGAAUGACACAUUUAAUUGCAAACAAAGAGUGCCAUGGUGUGUAAUCCACUGCACUUAUUGCUAUGCUAAUCGUGACAGCUGCUGUCCGCCUACACAAAGCAGCAUCUCCCCUGUCACUGUUAGCCAGUUAGCUCCUAGCUAGCUGUCAGCGGCAAAGAUGUUUUUGUAGCGAGUCUACCUGACUCUUGUUGACCUUCAGUGGCGAUUGGCCCCCACAGCCAUCUGUCAACAUGCAAGGAUUCUACUCCAAGCUGGACUCCUCCCCCGCCUCGUCCCCGUUAUUGGGGGUGGGCCAUGGGGGAGAAGGUGCUCCACUACCUCUCAGCCUGGCUGUGGAGACGGAGAAAGCUCAGGCUCUGCUACAGACAUUCAGCUCCGCCUCUCUGCUGGCGUCUGCAGGACUCGGUAUGUUCUGUGUGGUGGCGGACCACGCCCUCCAGCUGUCUGUCAUCCAGAACCACCUGUGGCUGCGCGCGACCUUGGACAACGGCACACAUGGAUUGGUGGGGCUGUGGUCAUGGGCAAUUGUUAUCGGACUUAGGAAAAAGAGUGAUCUGUAUGAGGUGCUGCUUGCCUGUCUUCUGGCAUCACUCAUAGACCUGGACCACUUCUACAUGGCUGGAUCCCUGUCACUCAAGGCUGCUGUCUCGCUCCCUCAGCGUCCUCCUCUACACUGUUCCUCUCUCAUCCCCGUCAUCUGUCUCUCCCUCCGCUUCCUCAUGUGGAUCGGGCGCCUCAAAGAUGCCUGGUGCUCCUUGCCGUGGAUGAUUUUCAUUUCCAUGGCGACCCACCACAUCCGGGAUGCUGUGCGCCGCGGCCUGUGGGUGUGCCCAUUCGGCAACACGGCGCCGCUCCCUUACUGGCUGUACGUCAGCACCACGGCAACGCUUCCUCACCUGUGUUCAGUGCUCAUGUAUCUGACGGGUACCAGGGACGUGAUCUCCACCAAACACGGGGUGGCCAUUGAUGUUUAGAAGUCACGGCUUACCGACAACAUCUAAUGCUGAUCCGGGAUCAGUCGCCUCUGGGCAAAAAUGUUCUUCGCCGUUUGAAACAACUUUAAGAUACUUGAAUUACUGGAGAAAACAUUUCUGGCACUAGUCUCAAAUGGCACUUAAAAGAUGAUGUUGAAAGAUUAAUUUGAAACAUGUUUUUUUGGGUAAGUUGAAGAGGAAUGUUGGCCAAGAAUUCUUUUUUUUCCAGCCACAAAGAUGAGGAAACGGUCACUACAUGGUAACUGGAGGAAAAAACAACAACAUACAAGUUGGGUUUCCAUCUGUAAACUGAAAAAAUGUUUAAAAGGGAUGUUCCGGUGUGAGUGCGUUAAUGGAUUUGUUUCUUUUGAUUUCUUUCUGGUAUUAUGGACAUUUGUCAAAAUCCUGUUCACGUACCUGCAGAGUAAUGCUUAUCUUUAGUACCUGUUUGAAGUGUUUGUGGAGUGACCCUUUAAAGCUUUGACAUAUCGUUUUGCAGAGGCUUGCGUGCUAUCAGUUCAUCGGCCCAAGCCCCGAUAAGGGACCGAGUCUUCAUCCCCCUUUCUUGGCCCCUGAGCUCUAUAUCACUAUAUCCGUCCUAAAAAGGACCACUCAAGGAAAAGUCAACCAAAGCUCCACCACAGGCUGGAUGACACUAACGGUUAUUGUUAUCAGUUAUCAGUGUGUCACUUUCACCCUCAGUGCGUCCGACAAUAUGUUACCACCGUUAUUCCACUGUCCAGUUAAAAUAGUGACAUUUCAUGUGUUGUGCAUUCAUUGUAGAGGGAUUUCUAAAUCGUCAACAUUCCAAUGACAGAUCCACCAUUAAUCACCACAAAACACAAAUGAUCUUUGUCUGUUAACACCUGUGCUAUCAAGCUGUCACCUCUUUGCCACUUGAACAGAUUCUGCUGUAUGAGCCUUAUUGUGAAGCCACUUUUUGCAAAUCAGCGGUGUCAGUGCCAACCAUGUCAGCCGUGGUUAUGGAACAGGAUUUUGUCGCAAGUUCUCGUUUGUUUCUAAAGUUUGCAACAUCUAGACAUUGCAUUGGCAUUGUUGGAUUUAGCUGGAAAACGACUUAUUCUAUGUUCUGUUGGUUGUACUUGUUAAAAAUUUGAAAAGGUUCUUUUAAAUCAACCCGGGGAGUGAGAAAUAUCCCACUUUUAAGAGACUUAAGAUUGUCAGCCGUUCGGACUUCCUACUGUACCAAUGCCAGAACGUAUGUCAUUUUUACAGUUUCAAACCGGAAAACCCACUUUAAGUAUCAUUUAUGACAUGUUGCAGCACGAGCUAAGAAUGACGACCUGACGGAUGAUUUUUAACUCUACUGUCAGUGUGAUAAGUGUAUGGUGUCUCACGUGACCUCUCUGUUUUACAUCAAACGGAAAGGAUACGGGACCUGGAGAGAUUCUGGAUAAUUAUUUUUGAAGUUUUAAAUGUUCAAGGGAAUUAUUUAUUUGUGUGUCCAUUGCCAAUACUAUCUUCAUAUUUAUAGAAAUAUGAAAUGAAAAAAAAAAUGUUAUUUCAGUCAUUAACUUGAUGUAGAUUGUUCCACUGUAGUUUUUGAUAUGUUACUCUAACUAAAUGAUUGAUACAGUGCAUACUACAUACUGACGUUCCCACUUGGCUUGUCAGUGCUUAAACCAUGGUAGGACAUGGAGUGUUUAUGUGAACUAUUCAUCACACAUGAAUAUCAUCAUCCACUUAGACUAGAACAUUUAGAAGGCAUUACACUGUUUUAGAUGUAGACCGGUCAAACACAUGUAUUCAUUGAGUUAACAGUAUUAUUUGCUAUAUUAUACAUGAUGCAUAAUAUUAUGUGGUAAAAAGUGGAUUUAAUAGGUUUUAGCGACAUUCUUGUUAUUUGAAGGUAUUUGCUUUGAGUAUAAAAGGGAUGGUGGACCCCUCAAGACUAACAAUUAGCUUCUAUCUUGAAUUGAGACAUAUUUCAGUUCAUGCUGAAAACAUAAUUCCAGUAUUCUUAAAUAUUGACCCCAAAGAUAUAUUUUAGUUUCCAUCUGAGGUUUUUUUUUCUUAUGGCGCUGCUGCUGAUUGUAAGGUUGCAGUUAGGCUUGCUGUCCACUAGGUUGCUGCACUGAGCUGUAUGGAUUUACAAUUUGUCUAAUCUGGUCCUAAAGUAUGAGAUGUUAUGGAA